CUCACAGUAUCACAAUGUCUUAUUAUUAAGCAUUUAAAAUAUUGUUUUUAUAAUUUUUACUUAAGCACACAAGUUAAAGUUCCUAUUUGAAUACAGGAAAACGUUUGGACGUUCGGUCAAAGUUCCCUUUUUGUAAGGAGUGUCCUCAUCUCAAACGAGUUGUCUGUGAGCUCUUACAUAAUAUCAAACUGCCAACACCCAGCUAAGAAAUGACAUUCAUUAUAAAUAAAAGUCCUUGAAGAUCCUCCAAGAUCAAGUCUGUGAAGGACUUGAAAUGGCUAACCAUGAGCCAAAGCUGCUAUUGGCUGUACUGAAGGAGUUGACAGCUAAAGAACUGAAGGAGUUUCAAUGGCAUCUAAGUCAGGAAGACUGGCUAGAUGGCUUUCAACAUAUUCCAAAGGGCGACUUGGAGAAUGCUGACAGGCAGGACACUGUAGAUAUAAUGAUACGGACCUACCGCAAUGCACCUGCUGUGGAGAUCACACUCAAAACUCUAAAGGAUAUCAACCAAAACAAUCUUGCAGAUAGGUUGUCAAGAGACUACAAACCAACUGAAAGCCCUUGCAAUCAUGGCUCUCUCUCACUAGUUGCUCCUCUAACUGUCCUGCAUACUACACCAGCACUUACAAUGCUCCCAGCACUCACAUUCAAAGCAGAGGUUAGGUUGUUGCCAAUGGAGGGGAAUAAGGUUAGAUUUGAAGUGAUUCCAGAAAGCAUGACAACUCCCUCGAUAGCACAUGCUGGCUCCUCCAUGACUCCUGGUGGUUUUUCUAUGGCUCUUCAGUCUAGCUCUAACACUGAAGAUAGAAGUAAUAUUGUUUGCAACAAUGCUCAAGAUCAUAAUCAGACACCAAAUGAGCACGUUAAAUCUAACAACAUGACCAAGCUUAAUCAGUACAAUAAGAUAAGGAUCAAUAUGCUUGGCAGUGGAUCUGUGGGAAAGUCCUGCAUGGUUUCUACAUUCCUAACCAACAGAUUUCCCUCUGAAUAUGUACCAUCAGUUUUUGACAAAUACAUAAAAGACAUUGGUGAGGAAGGUUGUUUUGGCUCCCUUGAAAUACAGGAUAUAACAGGUUUGUCUGACUAUGACGAUCUACGCAGAAUAAGUUACCCUCUGACAGAUGUUUUCCUAGUCUGUUUUUCAGUGGUUUAUCCUGAUUCAUUUAAGGACGUGGACAUGAAAUGGGUGCCUGAAAUCAAUCUCUAUUGUCCUGGGACACCUUUCCUACUGGUCGGAACUCAGAUUGACCUAAGAAAAGACCCCCACACAUUGGAGAGGCUGGCCAGGAACAAACAAAAGCCAAUCAAUUCAGAAAUUGCUAAGAAACUAGCCAGUGACCUGAAGGCAUUCAAAUAUGUUGAGUGCUCUGCCCUUACACAGGAAGGCUUGAAAAAUGUGUUUGAUGAGGUGAUACAAGCUGUACUGAGGAGUCAGCAGUUCAAGAAAAACAAAUGUGUGCUGUCCUAGGCUUAUCCUGUUGUUACCAGACUCCUAUAAAACUAGUUUGAGUCAUUCAGGAAAUUAUACUUAGCAGAGAAUAAAUACACCCUAUUUCUUUGAUGUAACUUUGCCUUAUGAAAGAAUUGGAACCUGUACAUGUCAUUUACAUUCUACAUAUUUCAUACAUAUUAAUGUAGCCUGUUGGGAAAUGUGCAUUUAUAUUGACCUAAAUAGUUAACUAUAAAGUUUGUAAAUACAAUUAAGAAAAAAAGGUGUUGAAAUUAAUUUGUAAAAAAUAAGGGUUAGGGCUAACCCUAACCCUUUCUUGUGCUACCUCAUUUCACAGACUACAUCUAUAAAAAUGUAUUAAUCUAAUC